UUGAUAUCCAAAUAAGAGAAUGUUGUCAAAGUUCUUUUCUUCUCUUUCUCCUCUAAUUUUCUCUUCAUUACCGUCAAUCCAAACAUAUCAUUAAUAUCACUAAUGGAAUAGUUUCCGUUGUUGAUAUUUAAAUCUCUGAAACAGCUUGCCCUGCUCAUUGUCACAUUCGCAAAUCUCUCGCUCAUUGCUCUCUAGACCACCCGCUCCCUUGCUGCCUUCACCGACGACCGUCCAUCGCUCGGUCGAUCGACAUCAUCGGCUCCCACCCGCUCCCUUCCUGUCAUCAGCCUUCUCAUUCCCUCUCACUCCCGAUCGAGAAAGUUACCUUCAUUCAUGGACAUUUCAGUGCUUGGCUUCUAACAAAUCUGUCAAUUCGUGGACAUUGCAGUUCUUGUCAUCUUCAAGGUUACGAGUCACCACGAAAUUGCUACAACUUAGAUUUAGAUCUUCCUCUCCAUCUCUCCCAAUCGACUGCCAUCAUAGUGGAUAUGAACUAGCAAUCGAUCUCUCUAGCUUCCAAGUCAACUACCAUAAUGCCAUCAUUGGAUGUGGAUCUAGUGAUUGAUUGAAUCCCUUCAAGCUACCCUCCGACGGACCGAUUGCAUGCCGACAUGGCAUCGUGCGGUUUCCAAGUCCUCUGCCUGCUAUGCCAUCAUGCUAUGCUGCCAAGUCCUUUGCCAUCACUGAUAGAUUGAUUGCAUCGUAGAAGCUAUGAGCUUCAAAUUUAAGCCCGUCUCACAGCCUAGCAACCAUGAAGCUAUCGAGGGCAGCGAAAAGGAAAAACAAAUUAAAACUUUGGAUCUUGGAAAUGGAAGCCAGGUCCUUUACAUCCCAAGGUUUUUAUCCUUUGAUGAUUCGUGGAAAUUCUUUGAUUACCUCAACUCUCACAUUCCUUGGACUCGACCAACCAUUCGUGUCUAUGGUCGCUCCUGUGUUCAGCCUAGAGACACAUGUUAUGUUGCAAGCCCAGGAUUGCCAGAAUUGAUUUAUAGUGGCUAUAAACCACAUGCCUACUCAUGGGAUGAUUAUCCUCCACUUAAGGAAAUCUUGGAGGCUGUCCACAAAGUUCUUCCUGGUAGUAAAUUCAACAGCCUACUAUUAAAUAGGUAUAAAGGAGGCAAUGACAAUGUUGGUUGGCAUGCUGAUGAUGAGAAGCUUUAUGGUCCAACUCCAGAAAUUGCAUCUGUUUCUUUUGGAUGUGAACGUGAUUUCUUGUUGAAAAAAAGACCUAGUAAAUCAUCCCAAGCCCAAGCAAAAGGAAAAUCUGAUGAUGAACCUUCUAGCAAGCGAUUAAAGAAGAGCUGCCAUGUUGAUCAGCAUUCUUUUACACUAAAGCAUGGAUCUCUAUUGGUGAUGAGAGGUUACACACAAAGGGAUUGGCUCCACUCGGUGCCUAAACGUGCAAAAGCAGAGGCAACUAGAAUUAAUCUUACCUUUAGAUACGUUCAUGGAGGGCUGCUUGGUAGAAAAUUGCCCUGAUAUUUAGCAAUAUCUACUUGAUUCUUAGUGAAAUUUUCUGCUGCUGGGUAUGUUAAAGAAGGGAUCAUCUAACUGAUGAUUUUUGAAAUUAAUCUCGAGCACUACCAGUCUGAAGGUUUACAUAAAGUAGUGGUCAGCACAUGAUCAGCUACACAAAUAGCAAGGUCAGGGUCCGGGCCUGGGCUGGAUUUGGAGCCUUUUCGCUUUUGCUGUAAUGGUUUUCUAAUAUGCAGCCGAAUAGGUUCAGUAUAGGAAAAAGAAUGAGAAGGUCUAUAUCAUAGCAUCCGGAGCUCUUUCUAUUUUCUUUGGAGCUUCCCACAUCAGAAAAAAAUUUGGAACUCAGAACUCACGGAGUUAGAUGAUUAGUCAAAUUCUAGCUACCAUUGAAAUUUAAGGUUGAAAAAUAUUUUGUUUAUAGAAAACAUUUGUAAAGAAAUUACUUUUUAAGAUAACUUAUUUUUCUUUA